UGUGCACACAUAUUACAUGAUCAAUGUCGCGCUGAUUAAACCUGAUUUUUUACAUGCGUGAAGCAAUCUCAGGAUCCCUGUUCCCAUCAACGAACAUGCAAAUCGAAGAUAUGAUAAGCACAAACAACAUCCUCGUUUCUAUUUUCGCUCAACUGCAAAACAGUAACUGUAUUUGAAUAAAAUGAUUGGUAUCAGCCGAAUGUCAGAUGCAAAUUUAAACGGUUUGGUCGUUGGUAGCAGCUUGGGCAAUUGAAAUAAAGGGGAUGCGCAAGGAUAAAGUUGCCGUUGAUCCUCUAAUGAGAUGUAAGUCAAUGUAUAAGCCACUGCAGCUCAACGUGUUGUGCAGGAGGCGGCGCAUAGGACGGUCGGAUCAUUUCCAACUGACGAAGAUUGUUAUUAAAGUGCCCCAGUAGACCGGGGCUGCCUUCCUGCCUCAAUCGGCCAUGCGUCCUCCGAAUUGGUGUGAGCGAAUGAAUAAACGAGGCGUUGCGGAGCGCUUUUAGCCAAUGCGGAUGCUCCUCAUACACAACGAUAGCGCGUCAAAUGGGAUAGUAUGUCGUCGAGCUGUCAUGUACCGAUAAUUGUCCUGUUUCUGUUUCGGUCCGGACUUCCAUAGGGGGAAAGAGUAAUCGCUAUGUGGUCAUUGAAGGAGGCGGGUAUCUCACAGACAUCCGGAAUCCAUCGCGGAAUCCCACAGCUGCACCUCGGCGCUGUGAGUCAAGGCGGCCCGCUUUAGGAGCUCCUACCGCGCGUCGUUAUGCCUUUCCCAGCGCUGUUAAUGGAGGAUUACUGUACCGUCAUUUCGUGCCUUGAUUGAUACACGUUUUCCUUAUAAUAUGGCCGAUCAGAGCAACAUUCAGUCCGCCGCCUCCAAAAGCAUCAGGCCGUUCAAAUCCAGCGAGGAAUACCUGUAUGCCAUGAAGGAGGAUCUGGCUGAAUGGCUGAACACGCUGUACGACUUGGACAUCACGGCGGACACUUUUAUGGAGGGUCUGGAGACCGGCUGCGCGCUCUGCCGGCAUGCCAACAACGUGAACCGCGCCGCCCUCGAAUUCAAGACCCAGUAUCCAGAUGCGGCGCUUUCGUUGCGGAUACCCAGCAAGGACGUGGUCUUCCAGUCGAGGAACGUCAUACCGGGCUCGUUUUUGGCCAGAGACAACGUGUCGAACUUUAUAGGCUGGUGCAGGCAGGAGCUCUGGAUUAAAGAUGUGCUCAUGUUUGAGACCAACGACCUGGUGGAGAGGUGCAACGAGAAGAAUUUCGUGCUCUGCCUGUUGGAGGUGGCUCGCCGGGGGGCCAAAUUUGGCAUGCUGGCCCCCAUGUUGAUUCAACUCGAGGAGGAGAUCGAGGAGGAGAUACGGGACCAGGAGAACCUGACUCAGGAGGCUCUGGGGGAGUCGCAGAGCCCGCCGAGCAGGACGUACAGCCGCAAGAAGAGCAUCGGCGAGCCCGACCCAGAGCUGCUGGCCCGGUGGCAGCAGCAGCAGAAGAGAGUCCUGCUGGAUAUGCGCAACCUGGACGAGCUGGUUCGGGAGAUUCUGGGCCAGUGCUCCUGUCCAUCACAGUUCCCCAUGACCAAAGUAUCAGAAGGAAAGUACAAAGUCGGAGACUCCAGUGCACUCAUCUUUAUCAGGGUGUUACGGACUCAUGUGAUGGUGCGCGUGGGUGGAGGUUGGGACACACUUGAACAUUACCUCGACAAACAUGAUCCCUGUCGCUGCGCUGCAUUUGCUCACCGGUAUCAGCAGGCUAAAGCGAGUGGCCAGGGUCAUCACAGCAAGAGCUCCAGCGCUCACUCCUCCCGCUCCACAAGCCCAGGACCUCACUGGCGCAAUGAGGGCAUGGCACCCUACAAAACCCCCGACAGGCGCUCUUUGGACCCUGUGUUGGGUGCCACAGCGCAUUCCUCUCCAUCACGGCCUGGCAGGUCACACCAUGCAGCUGUACCUGUGGAGAUGGAGACUAAUACAGGGCGACCUACGACGCUGCUGCCUCGACCCCCACGAGACAGAUCAGAACCACGCCACUUUAAUCCUCUCAGGAAUAAGGAAUCUCUUCUUCCGACUCGGAGGCUAUCAGGAGAUAGUGACUCUUCUACAGCCUCGUCUAAAGGUGGAGGUGGAAGCACAGGAGGAGGUCGCUUCUCUCUGGGUACACGGCAUGCUCACGGAGAUGAAGUGGUUCUCCUGGUAAACCGUAAGGAAGGGAAACACGUUAUUGAGCGUCCUGGAGCAGGAGCACAGAUUCCAGCCCUGAGAACCCCUCAAACCCGUGCCCGUAGUGCUUCCAGAGAGCGCCCUGCACCACAAUCCACCUCAGUCCUGAAACCUAGUCCACCACAAGGCCCGGCAGAGGUACAUCGAACACCCCGCUCAGAGAGAGGCAGAUCACUUGGGCCCGAAGGUCCGAGGAAGCUGCAGGCUCCACGCUCUCUCAGCCAGGGCAAGACUCCUAGAGGCCGACUGGCCGACGUCAGCCCUGGAUCGUCACCUCGCCGCAGAGACCCUCAGUCUCUUUCAGUAGAUCGGAGAGAGGAACUGAGACCAAAGCACAUGCCCCCAACAUCCUCGAGAACAAGUGGAAGCUUGCCCAGAAGACAAGCAUCUUCCUCAGCCUCAAACUCUCCUGUGAAAAGUGGUGCAAGCGGAAGUCCUGCAAAAAAGGGCAUGGUAGCACCACGACCUCCUGCGCCUCGAUCGCCUUCCACUGGAAGUCGAAAGUUGCUUCCACCUGUCACACAGCCAGGCCGGCGCUCUCCACAUUCUUCCCCUCGUUCAAGCCAUCACCACCCAGCACGUUCCCCUCGAUCUGCUCACAAUGCACGAGCCGCAGGGAGAGACCAGAAAGGUUGGGGAAAUCCCUACAACCAGCAGCAGGAGAACCAGGAGGAUGGUACUAUUUUUAGUUUACACCUGCUGCCAAGUCUGGACCCUCAAAGGGAGCAAGACCUAUAUCGCAGCUUCGAGGCUGAGUUUCUAGCCAACACGCAACAAACCACAACAAAAGUGCAGGGUAAAGUGUCUACUGGAAGGGAAUUGAGGUCGCUACAGAUACCCGUCUCCCAACAAGGUUUAGGGGUGCUCCCAAGUUCUUCAGGUGACGCUAAUGUUACAGACUCGGCUUACUCUUCUUCUAACUCUUCAACUUCUUCUCUUAAUGUCGGAGGUAAGGUGGGAGUCCUUCCGGAUUUGAGAGAGUCUAAACGGACUAAUCCUCGCACCUGUGCACUUGAGGACCCUCCUGCACUUCUCCAUAGCCAGAUUCGUGGAGGCCUCCCCAAUGGAGGGCUUUUGGAGGGAGAGCGAUGGGGUGGUAAAGGUCUUCGCAAGCUCCCUGCCAUCUCCAGCUCCACAGAGGAAGGAGAGCCCUCAAAUCCAGGCCUAUCCAUGCCAGUGUGCCUCCCUAAAGACAUCAAUGGGAGCCUCGCUUUGACGGAGGUGCCAAUGGAGAGCCAACAGGACUUAGCGGAAUGGGAUGGGGUGGAAGGAAAUGUCCCACAAAGUACCGAACAUCACUCUGACCUUCCAUAUGACAGUGCUGACUUACCAGAGACGUUUCCCUCUCCUCCACCACCUCUGGAUGACUGUUCUUACCAGGACUCUUCCGAUGAGAGCUCCUCCAUGUGCUUAAGUCUGAGUGAGCCUCCAUCUGAAGGUUCCUGCACUCCUCCUCUACAACUGGCCAAUGGGGAUACGGAUGACGCAGUCGUCCUCCGUGCCAAGAAAGGUCAAAAGAAAUCAGAGAGGGUGCCCUCCAUCUACAAGCUCAAGCUGCGGCCGCGGAUAAGACCCCGCACUGACAACAGACCCGAGAACAGCCCGUCGCGCAUCCCUACGCCUGUACGAUACCGAAAUCAUUGUCAGCAGUCUCCUGCCAAUUCAUCUCCCCUCCAGACCCCACCACAGUCCCCACGUUUAAACAAUCACCAACCCUCACACAAAGCUCUGCAUCAGGCCUUUGCUGACCUCAUCCAACCACAGCAGCGCUCCCCAGCUAUGGGCUCUAGAGAGUGUGCCUAUUCUUCAGAGUCCAGCCUUGACAAUGAGGCUUGGAUGUAGUGAAUGAUGAUGGUGAUGAUGUACACAAGCAACAGACUUGGUCUGUAUUCCUUCACUUGGCAUAUACAGCUUUAUAUUAGAGAAAGGAGGAAAAAGCACAUUUGUAAGACUAAGAGACAAUGCGUGCUUGACUGUUGUGUACAACAUGUAGCAGGAUGCUGGAAUCCUUUUUGUCAUUUCACUGUAGACAUAGAUGUGUCCUAAAGUGGCUAAGAACAUAAAAUACCAUUUUUGACAUCUUGGACCAACAUAGCCUGUUCUAAAGUAAACACUGUACUGUUUCAAUUGGUUCAUAGAGUCAUCGUUUUUUCAUUUUUUCGGUUCGAGAAAGGAAAUCACUGCAUUUCCCUUUAGAAAUCUAUAGGUUUUAAUGCUCUAUAUUAAUGAUCUGUUCCAUGAGGGCAAAUUUUAGCUGUUUUAAUACAGUACCCUGGUGGUUGGCUGGCUUUAGCUGGUCAGCAGGCUUGUUUAAAAAGGGGGUUUGGGCACUUCCUUAGCUGAUUAGGCUGGGAGACCAGCUGGAACAACCAGCUAAAACCAGCUUGACCAGCCUAGCCAGGCUUGGAGACCAGCUAAAACCCAGCUGCUUCCAGCUUAAACCAACUAAGUCCAGCCAACCAGCUUAGGCUGGUUUUAGCUGUUUUUUUAGCAGGGUGUUUAUUCGUUAAGGUUGGAACGAAGUGUAAAAAUCUUAUUUUAAUCAGGGAAUUGUAAUAUACAGAGUAUAUUGUAUACUGGAGAAUAAGAGCUGUAGAAUCAGUAGAGCAAAUAAGAUGGUGGAAUCAUUUUGGUGUAAUUUUAUGCGCAAGACAAGCGCCUAAAUGGCGCUUCGACCAUACUUCCAUGUGGAAUCCAAAUUGGAGAUACAAUUAAGUGGCUGUAGCGUUUUAGCCCAGGCUAAAUAGGACGGCAUAUCAACUUCUUGAAUCGGUUUGAGGAUUUCUCAGAAACGUUUAUGAGAGGACAUAAUUCUCAUGUGAUCUGCUUAACAUGACUUUGGCAGACAAACAAAUGUUGUAUUUGUUUAUUAUGUUCUGUACAAACUAAUAUGCUUAAUGUAUAGGUUUAUAUGUACCAUAUGUUCAUUUGCUUAAAUGUGUGGUAGUGUAAUGUAAAUAUAAUUAUUCUUAAUUGACUUUAAUGUACAAAAUGUAUUCUGUUUAUUUCAGUAUGGUAAUUCUGCCUUAGCUAUGCAAUGUUGCUAUUGAAUGUUGCCUUGACAAAUUUUCUUGCCUUAAAGUAAGGAUGAGAAGUUGUGUUUGUGAAGUAGAGAUGAAAAGGUGGUGUGUGUAUGUAUCUGGAUGGUUAAACAUGAAUGUGUGAGGUAGAGAUGGUUUGUUAUACAAGAUGGAUUCUGUCUUUUGGCCCACUGUGAGACAAUCGCACAUGUUUAAGGUCACAGUUAUGACAAGAUCCUGCUUCAUCAGUGUUUUUCUGUUUAAAGUUAAGUAAAUUGCUUGAUUUGUCUGCAAGUGAGAAAUGAAGGACGUUUAGUUAAAUAUAGUGCCAUAUUAAACAUCAAUAGGAUGGUUUUUUUUUCUUUAAAAUAUGGAAAUCACUACAAAAUAUUUAUAGGUAUGGUAAUCAUUCAGGAAAUCAGGCCAUUUUAUUGGAAAAGCCAUAUUGAGUCCAAAACUGCUUAUGAAGUAGUGAUAUUUUCCACUGUGGUCAUCAGCAGACUUUAAGUUUCUUUUAAAGCUUUAUGGCGCCACCAAGUGGUUGAGUGUUAUCGGUGACGUUUGUAUGACUUCCAAGUAUAAUAUGAGAGUGUGACUUUAGUGGGUGAUUAUGAUUUUAAUCUGAUUGGUACCAUUGCGUGAAAUAGGGGAAAACCUAAACGAAUUACACUACACACAUAUUGUUUUGGCGUUGGAUUGUUUAUUUAUAUUAAAUGAGUAAGUUAUUAAGCCUUGUUGAUUGGUCGUGGGUGAACUGUUUUAGCAUAAAGGGACAAUGUUGUAUGUUUCUGAAUGAAUUGUUUACUUUUGGUAUGUUCUCUUUUGAGGCUUUAUACAGUACUGCUGUAUAUUUAUGGGCUCAAGUGUUUUACUGAGAGAUGUUCCCAUGUGAAAGAAGAGCGAGGGAGAUUUUAUGGAUAUGAAUUUCAGUGUUCUCUUUCUUUGCCUCAAGGACUGCAACCAGAGGAUAUUAUUGUUAGCAUGGCCACUGACACUUCACAACACCUCUUGUAUAAAACCUGCACAUUGCUUCUAUGUUCAUUGCCAUUUAAACGUCUGUUGUGACACUUUAGGACAUUCUCAAAUACGUAUAAAUAAGGACAGUAGAGCUUUCUGCAGUCUUUCAAGUGAUAUAAAUGGUUGCUGUGCCUAAUUCUCAAUUUAGUCAAACACGCAUAUAGACAUACACUACACAUUCAGCUAUCUUUACAGUAUCUAAUUAUUAACUGCCAUACAUUUGUACAGUUAACUCAUUUUGAGCUUCUGCUUUCCAAAAACAUUUUUUUACAGAAGGAUGUUUCUUUUCUGUGAUGCCAUUCGUUAUGUGUUUCUAAUCACAUUUAGACAUUUUAGAAAAUAAUUUAUUGCAUGGAUGGGUUCUGUUUUUCUAUAUUCAUUAUUGACAUCAGAAUUACAAGCUUGUAGAUUCACACGUUUUGUUUACUUGAGUAAACCCGUCUGAUUUGCAUUAUGCAAAUAUGAUGUUCAGAUGUGAUCUACAAAAUGCAUGUCGAAUCUAUGUCAUGCUCUGGUUUCAGUAAAUGAAAAGGAUGUCGGAUGAUUUGAAAUCUGAAUGUGUAUUGAUUUAAUUUCUGCAGUUUGUUUGGCUGAUUGUUUUUCUUUAAUGUUGACAAUGAAAUGUAAGGUCUUGACAUUGUGGAAUUUGUCUGUGUUGAAUAGCAAUAUUGCAAGACCAACAUUCCACUGUUCCUUGAAAACCAAUUGCUGUUAAUUUAAUUCUUGUAAUAAAAAUGUUUUGG